UAUUUCGCUUAGCGGCAUUUGUUCGAAAUUAACAGAAACCAGAAACAAAGAUGUCGAUCGUUUUACGUUUCCUGUGAAACAUUAAAAUCUAUGUUUGUUGUUCAACUGUCGUGUGUCAAGAAGCUGCAAAGAUGUCUGCGAAGAACCCGAGUUCCAUCCAGGUGUGCAUCAAGAUCCGUCCCUGCGAACCGGAGCUCACCUCCCUGUGGCAGGUGAACGAUGGUUGCUCCAUUCACCUGGCGGACAGCCACGCGGAGCCCUAUGUCUUUGACUACGUCUUCGACGAGGGCACCAACAACCAGGAGGUGUUCGACCGGAUGGCCAAGCACAUCGUGCACGCCUGCAUGCAGGGCUUCAACGGAACUAUUUUUGCCUACGGCCAGACGUCGUCGGGAAAGACCUACACGAUGAUGGGCGACGGCCAGAAUCCGGGCGUCAUGGUGCUGGCCGCCAAGGAGAUCUUCCAGCAGAUCUCCAGCCAGACGGAGCGCGACUUCCUGCUGCGCGUGGGCUACAUCGAGAUCUACAACGAGAAGAUCUACGACCUGCUGAACAAGAAGAACCAGGACCUCAAGAUCCACGAGGCUGGCAAUGGAAUUGUGAAUGUAAACUGCGAGGAGUGCAUCAUUACCAGCGAGGACGACCUACUGCGCCUGCUCUGCAUGGGCAACAAGGAGCGCACCGUGGGCGAGACCAACAUGAACGAGCGCUCCAGCCGCUCGCACGCCAUCUUCAGGAUAAUCAUUGAGUCCCGGAAAUCGGAUCGCAGCGACGACGACGCCGUCAUUCAGAGCGUGCUCAACCUGGUGGAUCUGGCUGGAUCGGAGCGGGCGGACCAGACGGGCGCCCGAGGAGCUCGCCUCAAGGAGGGCGGCCACAUAAACAAAAGCCUGCUGUUCCUCAGCAACGUGAUCAAGAGCCUCUCGGAGAACAUGGACAACAAGUUCAUCAGCUUCCGCGACUCCAAACUCACGCGCAUCCUGCAGGGAUCGCUUUGCGGCAAUGCUCUGACCUCCAUCAUCUGCACCAUCAAGCCCUCGAUAAUGGAGGAGUCGCAAUCGACGCUGAGCUUCGCCAUGCGUGCCAAGAAGGUGCGCAUCAAGCCGCAGGUCAACGAGAUGGUGUCCGAUGCCACGAUGAUGAAGCGGCUGGGUCGCGAAAUCCAGGUUCUGAAGGACAAGCUGGCCGAGGCGGAGCGGAAGAACGAGAGCCAGUUAAAGGUGCAGGAUCUGGAGCAGCGCAUUCAGCGGGACAUGCACAAGAUCAUCUCCAGCACUUCCCUGAGUGACAAGUGCCAGCAGAAGCGGCGCCGUACGUGGUGUCCUGCUCCUUCGGGUCCCGUUUUGGAGUCGGAAGGGACUGCCAUCAAGGACGAACGACUUCUCCAGUUUUCAAAGGUCUCCCAUCUGCCGAAACCUGUAUUCUUUUCCAAUUCCAAUGUGGGAAAACGUUGGGACAACGCUCCCAAGACCGUAAACAUUCUCGGAACACUGGAUAUCGGCACAGAUACGACCUCAAUUAACGAGGAAUUCUUUCCGGCAGACUGCAUUGACUUUGGCUCUCCUCGUCCCGGUUUCCAUAAGGACAUGCUGACCAGCGGACAGCUGCCUGACUUGACCUUGACUCCCUUGACGAGACACACGGGUCCUCUGUCCUUGGAGAAGAUCAAGGAGAUCCAGGACCUGCAAAUGUUCACCAGCAUAGAGAAGCACUGCGAAGAGGAGAUUAAGGAGGUGCAGGUUUUGAAAGAAAAGCUGAUCAGGGUUACAGCUGAACGGGAUAAGUUAGAGCAAGAUUCGUUGACCGAGACGGAGCGCUACGACGCCCUGCAGGAAGAGGUCACCAGCUUAACCGCAGCCAAUGAGGCUGCGAAUGCAAGAAUCGGCGAAUUAGAAGGGCAGCUGAGUUCGCUGAAAGAGACGAUGACCAAAUUGGAAGUAGAGAACCGUGAGGCAGUUGGCCUAGAGUUCGAGUUCGAGGCCCACAAGAAGACGUCGAAACUGCGCGUGAAUGACCUGCUAUCGGCGCUUUCAGAAAAGGAUUUGGCCAUAGAGAGCUUGCAAAAGUCCCUCGACAAUUUAAACCGCAACAUGAAUAUGCAAGCGGAGAUUAAAACUCGCAAUGAGCGAGAGGAGGAAGCUCAGGGCUCCGAUUCCCUUGUGGAAAAGUUUAAGGCUGAAAAUCAAGAGCUUAAAGCGAAACUCACUGCGUUGGAAACUAACUUUGAGGAGAUUCAGCGGGAGUACGACUGCCUGUCCAACCAACUGAUGGAAAGUGUCCAGGAGAACGACGCCCUGCGCGAGGAGCUCAAGCAUCGCCAGACUUGCUUUGAUCUGGAGUCCAUGAAGAGUUCCGGCGUGGGCACUGAAUGCAGCGACCUGGACAGCGAACUCCUGGAGCAAUUCAUCAAGAUGUCAGAGUCCGUCCAGCAGAUUGAGCUGCAGCAUCAUUCCGGCUUCAGUCGCCUCUUUAGAGCCCAUAAAAUGGAACAGGAUGGAAACGUGCCAGGCCUGAAGCUUUGCCUCGAGUCUGCCGAGUACAUAGAGGGUGACACUCGGCAGACAGAUUCCUCCGAUUCCAUUUGCCUCAAAGGCUUCCUCAAGCGACACAGGUUCCAUAUUAUGCGACUAAGCGAGGAACAGAUGCAUUUGGGAGAGGAGAAGCGACUUCUCGAUAUUAUUUCGCAGCUGGAACAGGAAGUGGAUGAGAAAAACGUCCUAAUGGAGGCCACAGAGGCGACCAUCAACGAGAUGCGCGAGCAGAUGACCAGCCUAGAAUCAGCGCUCCUGGAAAAGAGUGUUAUAGUCAACAAGGUUGAGGACUACCAGCGUCAAAUCGAAACCCUGGAGAAACAAAACGCAGAGAUGACGAUGGUUCUCAGGGAGAACUCGAUGAGCGAGAGUCUGCUUAAAAUUCCGGCUGACGAGGAUACCCUUCCAGGAUUCUCUGCAUCCCCCGCUAGGAAAGUUCAGGAGUCAGAGGAGGUGGCCAAACUCAAGGCAUCCCUUGCAGAGUUGCAGGCAAAGAUCUGUGAUAUGCAGGCCGAGAUGAACAGCCAACUGACUCAAAUUCAACUGAAAGACACAAAAAUCGUCAGUCUUCAGUCGGAUUUCGAGGAAAUGAGCGAGCGGUGUUUGUCGAUGGAAGUGAGGCUUGCAGAGUUGGAGCUUGAUACCCAGCAAAAGCAGGAGCAACUCGAUCGGCAGGCGCAGAAGCUGUCCGAUGAUCUGCGCAUCAUCGACCAGCUUCAAGAGAGAAAUGCUCAACUUGCUGAGCAAAGUAUUAAAACAGAAGGGUCAUCCAAUCUUUCCACCGAAUAUCAUAGGCAAAUCGAGGAACUUGGAGAGUCCUUAAGAGCAGCCAAAGAAGAGCUACGUGAUUUCCAGCGGGUAAAAGAGGAAGAGAUGAGUGCCCUACAGGUGGAAUUCUUGCUGAAAAUUGAAACUUGCGAGAAUGAGAACCGAGCCAAACUCCGUGAAAACAGUCAAGAGUUGGAGGAGAGCAAGAACUGCUAUGAGAACAUCGUGGCUGGGUUGAAGGAGCAGCUUCUGCAGGCUGGGGAAGAGCUGGCCAGUGUAACUGCUUGCUGCCAGGCGGAAUUGCAAGGCAUUAAAUCUUCGCUGCAGGAAAAACUCACACAGGCCGAAGAGGAAAGGAAGAAUUUGACUGCCCAACAUCAGGCAGAGGUGGAGAGCAUCAGAGAAAAGUUAGCAGAUGCUGAAGCCCAACAAUCAAAGAUUGAAGAUGUUUACAAGGUGGAAAUUAGCAAUGUAACCUCUGCGCUAAAGGAAGAGUUAAGUGAAGCGAAGGAGGCGCGGGAAAAGGCAUUCUCAAAGCUCGAGGAAAUGCGAAACACUCUGGAAAAGCUAGAAAAAACGAAAGCCGAGCAGGACUUGGCAUUGGAUGAACUGAAAAGGGAGAAAAUCCAACUAGAGGAGCUGUGCGAGAAGAGCCAGGAGCACCUGCAAAUGCAGUCUCUGAUUAGUUCAGACACACAGACUUACAGAGAUUACCUACAAGAAUCGUCAAACGAAAAGAUCAAAGCGCUGCAGGAAAAGUAUGAGCAGUACGUACUUGACUUGGAUUCAUUGAGGCAGGAGAAGCUUUCUUUACAGUCUGAGAUUCAGAAAGCCAAUGCACAGCACUCCAGUACCCUGCAGAAACUUCAAGAACUUGAAACUGAAAUGGCUGCUCUAAGCGAGAAGAAAGAGUUGGAGAAGUGUGACUUGGAGGACAAGCUGGAGACCUUCAACGAAAAGAUAAGCGACCUAGAAAAGGCACUGCAGGAAGCUCAACUCAAAGUCCUUAAUUAUGACGAUCUUCUUGCUCAGCACGAAAGUCUAAAAACGCGUCUUUCUGAGCUGCAAUCGGAAAUGCUUUGUUCCCAGGAAAGCCUCGCUAGCCGUGAUGUAGAAAUUGCAGAUCUUCGCUCAGAACUAAAGCAGGCCAUGGAUGCCAAGAUAACCGUGAGCUCGGAACAAUCAAGUCUGGUAGCGCAGCUUAAGGAAGUCGAAGAGAAGAUGUCAAUCGAUGCAGGCAUGUUCCAACGUGAAGUGGAAGAUCUCAAGGGUUCAGUGAUCGAGCUACAGUUUAAGCUGAAAUCUUUGCAAGAAAUAAAAGAUAACCUUCAGACUGAAAAUGAGGAGCUUAAGGGAAAGCUGAAAAAUGGCCAGAAUCUGCAGAUCUGUUUGGAGGAGCAACAAAAGCUGUGUGCCUCUCUCAGAGAAAGUUUAGACCAACUGGAGCAGUCCAAAAUAAACCUCGAAACGCAGUUGCAGGCAAGUGAAGCGGAACUUAAUCAAAGAGUUACUCAGCUAAGUCAAGAAGUGGAGCUGGGCCGCAAUAGAAUCGGGGAACUCACCAAAGAGAGCGAAAAGCUGCAAGCCGAUCUAGAAACCAACGCUGAUAAAUUCCAGAAGGAAAAGAAGAGCUUGGAAUUAAUUGUAUCCGAUCUGCAGAACAAGUUGGAAGAAAAGCAAAAUCUGUGCACUACCCUUAAAGAAAAUGUAGAGAAACUGGAGAAAUCGAAAACAAACCUCGAACAGCAAAUGCAAAACAGGGAAGCAGAAAUAAAAUUAAGAAUUGGGGAACUAACCAACGAGAGCGAAAAACUGCGAACCGAUCUGGAAUCUAAAACUAAACUGUUCCAGAAAGAAAAGAGCAGCUUGGAAUGCAUGGUAUCCGAUUUGCAAAAGAGCAAACAGCAGCUGGAGGAGAAUAAUACGAUUCUAAGCGAAAAGUAUGAAGAUAGUGCUCGACUUAAUGCUCAGUUGACGUCCAAGGAAGCCGCAUUUGCAUCUUUGCAAGAAGCCUCAAACAAACACCAAUUAGCCCUAGAGGCAGCCAAUAAUAGAAGCCUCGAAGUGGGACAGAAGGUUCAUGAGCUCACAAUGGAUUGCGAGAAGCUGCGAUCCGAUCUGCAAUUUAAAGAGGCUUGUUUCCGUGAGGAGAAAGAGAUGUUAGAGGGGACCAUUUCCAAUCUGCAGGAGGAUAAGCGCAACCUGGAGGAAAAACUGUCUAAACUGAAUCAUAAUGUUAAUCAACUUGAGGAACUCAGAAAGGAGAGCGAGCAGCUACGGUCAACUCUGAAAUCUAAGGAGGCUAGUUUCCAGGCGGACAAGGAACGCAUGGACGGCACAAUCUCCAGUCUAUUGCAAGAUAAGAGCAACCUGGAGGAAAAGUUGACUAAGCUGAAUAAUGAUGUUAGUAAACUUGAGGGACUCAGAAAGGAUUGCGAGCAGCUGCGGUCAACUCUGAAAUCUAAGGAGUCGAGUUUCCACGCGGAAAAACAACGGCUGGACGGUACAAUCUCCAGUCUUUUGGAAGACAAGCGCAAUCUGGAGGAAAAACUAUGCACAGUGAACGACAUUGUGGUUAAGCUUGAGUCUGAACUGGCUAGUUUACAAACACUUAAAGUAAACGGAGGCAACGCGUCCUUCGAAUCAAAUACCUCAAAUGGAUCGUCAGUUGCUCCAACCGCAAGAAAGAGUCUGGAUCGAAAUACUGGUGGCUGUGGAUCAAGGAAAUCAGUUACUUCCGAAAGCGAUGAACGUAAGAAUCGACGAAUCAGCAUUCACGAUGAGCGGCGGCAAUCUUACUGGAACGACUCUAGGGAUUGUGGCACUAUGACUGAUCCUGCGGACAACAACUGCAACUGUGCGGAGCUUAACUGCAAGCUACAGGAUUGCCAGCGCGAUCUCUUCAUUCGCGAGAGCCAAGUGACUGCGUUGACUAUGGAGCUGAAGCAUCAUCCACUAAAGGACGAGAAUGCUCAAUUGAAAAAGAGAGUUCAGGAGGAGCAGGAGAAAGCCCGCUCCGAGCAGAAACGGCUUAAGAUAAAGCUUCACGAUCUUAACACCAGGAUCAAAGACCUCACUGAUGCGGAUGCAUUGUCUGUAAAACCGGUUGUCGACCAAGUAGAGCAGACUACGGCGAUUGUGAAGCCAGCUAUGGUACCGGUGGAAACUCAGACAGAAUCUAAUCUAGAGGCAGUCCUUGAGAAAACCAACAUGAAGUACCAGGAUGCUUGUGUCUUGUUGCGCUCCCGUUAUAAUCUCAUUAAGAAUCUGGAAGAGCAACUCAGGGAAAAAGAAAACAACGACACUUCGAAUAUCUCUUCACUUCAAGCUGGUCAAAACAGUGCAUUAAAGGCGCAAUGUGAUUCCCUGAAGAGAGAAAUGGUGGCAGUCAAAACUAAAUAUGAGUCCGCAAAACGGGUUUUAAUGAUGCGGAAGGAUGAGCUGGAUAAAAUGCGGGAGAAACUCGCUACAUAUGAAGGCGCUAAAUAAGUCACUACAUAAUUAUAUUUGUAGAAUCCCUUUUAAGUGUACAAAUGUUUAUGGGUUCAUCAAAAUGCUUCUUAAAAAAGUUUUGCUUUAGUCAUAGGUAAUAACGUGUAUAGCAAACACCUUAGGCCUUUAAUAUGUAGCACUUAAAUGUUUCUU